UGAAAGUAGUCGAUUCUGCUGUCGUCUGCCAUUUUCCACUUAAGUCCCAGUGGUUUCAAAUUUUGCUUAAAAUUUGCAAUAUUCGUCACCACCUGACCACGUUUGCACUAAAUUGCAGUCCCUGUUGCGAAACUGAUAGGUCUAAAGAACCAAAACUGUGUGUGACUAUGGAGAAGGCUGGGAAGCUAUGGGGGGGGCGCUUCACCGGAGCCACCGACCCGGUCAUGGAGAAAUUCAACGCCUCCAUUGGCUUUGACCAGCGCAUGUGGAAAGCCGACAUCGAAGGCAGCAAAGCCUACGUCCGGGCCAUUGAGAAAGUGGGUCUCGUCACCAAGGAGGAAAUGGAGGCCAUAUACGAGGGCCUAAGAAAGGUGGCAGCGGAAUGGGAGACGGGAACCUUUAAGAUCAUUCCAGCGGUGGACGAGGAUAUCCACACAGCCAAUGAACGCCGGCUGAAGGAACUGAUCGGCCCGGCAGCAGGCAAACUGCAUACAGGACGUAGCAGGAAUGACCAGUGUGCCACUGACAUGCGCAUGUGGCUGCGCGACGAGAUCGUUCUCCUGCGUCAGCAUCUACUGGACCUCAUCACAGUCGCGGUCAAGAGGGCUAAGACAGAAGUUGACGUCCUCAUGCCUGGCUAUACACAUUUACAGAGAGCUCAGCCCAUCCGAUGGAGUCAUUGGCUUUUGAGCUAUGCCUGGAUGUUUCAGAGAGAUUUCCAGCGACUGCAUGAACUCACAGCCAGGGUCAACAUAAACCCACUCGGAUGCGGUGCACUUGCCGGCAAUCCUUUCAGUGUUGACAGGGAAUUUCUGACUCAAGAGCUGGGCUUUGGGGCCACGGCUGGCAACAGCUUGGAUGCGACGGCCGGGCGUGACUACAUUGCCGAGUUCCUCUUCUGGUCGUCCAUGACCAUGGUCCACAUGAGCAAGCUGGCUGAAGACCUACUGCUGUUCAGCACCAAGGAAUACAGCUUCGUGCAAAUCGCCGACGCCUACAGCACUGGGAGCAGCCUGAUGCCACAGAAGAAAAACGCAGACAGCUUGGAGUUGAUCAGGGGAAAGAGUGGACGAGUCUAUGGCAAGUGUGCAGGGUUCCUGAUGACAUUGAAGGGCCUACCAAGCACCUAUAACAAGGACCUGCAGGAAGACAAGGAAGCCAUGUUUGAUGCGUAUGACACAUUGACAGGGGUACUGCAAGUUGCCACCGGCGUGGUCUCCACGCUGACCAUCAACACAGAUGCAAUGAGAAAGGCACUCAGCCCAGAUAUGCUGGCCACGGACCUAGCUUACUAUUUAGUUCGUAAAGGCAUCCCAUUCCGUGAGGCACACGGUUUGUCUGGAGGUGUGGUGGCUCUGGCAGAACAGAAGAAGUGCUCACUGACAGAGCUGACUUUGGUGGAUCUCAAGACGGUCAGUCCUGCUUUUGAAGAAGACGUCAGCGCUGUAUGGGACUAUGAGAACAGCGUUGAGCAGUACACCAGCGCGGGGGGUACCAGCAAGCCAGCCGUCAUGAAACAAGUGCAGCAAUUGGAGGAAUGGUUGGCUUCCUUGGCUUAGAGCCGCUGGUCAGCCAAUGACAUUCAGUGUACUUGGGCAAGUGACAUGGUGACACAAAAUGGUUUAGUUGGUAGUCCAGUUGUACCUUGGGUAUAUAUGUGACAUGUGACAAAUCCGUUCAUUCAUUUUUUUUUUGAAGUGGAAAUGUUGAUUAAAUUACUAUUACACGAUGAAGAAAUGAACCAAAGAUGUUCUUCAGUUUUGUUUUAAUUGUGCUGAAAAGAUUUUCAGGGCAGUUUUCAAACAACUAGCCAAUUGUGGAUGCUGCCAAACUACAGUAUAUUCCUUCAACAGUACAUGAUAAAUGCAAAACCUUAAGGAGUGAGAAAUUUAAAAUUUUCAAAAACUGAAAUUGGAAAAAAAAGAUGUCUUCCAAAGGCCCCAUGCAACCAGAAAACAAGUAUACCGAGUCCAACAUCUCUAUUUUGAAACACAUAGAUAUCAAGGAUAUUUUCUUGCUCACCAAACAUGUAUUUUUUCGUUUAAAAAAAUCAUCAUAUUUUGUCUUUUAGUUCAACAGAGUUUACUAUUGUGGGUUGUCUCGACUUUUUCUGACCUUCCCAAAUGCUGCUGCCAAACUUCUUUUUGGAAGUAAUAUAGUAGUGCUUGUUUUUUUAAUCCUGUGUGAAAUUUUUAAAAUUUUAAAAAUGAAAAUUACGUAUCUUUGAAUUAGUUCUGCAAUCUAUAAGAUUGUGGCCCAGAAAUUGGUCACAGAAAUCAGGCAAAAGAGCCAGAAAUAUCAAACAAAUUUCAAGAAAUCUGCGGAUGACCAGGAAGAAUGUUUACAAAUUUAACAAACUAAUCGUUGUAUUCCCAUUCCACAUACUCACAAUUUUUUCAGACAAUAAAUACUUCAUCUUCGGUCUGCAGAUUAUGUACAUUAUCGACAAAGGAGGAAAUGUGCGCUAAGACUAGUUUUGAUGGAAUUUCAGGCUAUUCAUGGUGAAGGACAGCAACAGUUGGAAAGGCUUGCGGUAGCACCAUGCGAAGGAAUAUAUCUCUCUUAUGAGUAUGUGUGGUUCUGAAAAGAACCGGGAGUUACUCAGAAAUGUCAAAUAAAUCUCAAGAAAUCUGCAGAUGACCAGGAAGAAUGUUUACAAAUUUAACUAGUUUCGUUAAACACCAAGAUGUCCACUAACAAAGGUUGCAAGACUUUUGUACACUGACUGUAAUUUGACUCUUUUUACACAAACGUGAACCUUUAGAUUCCAUGGUCACAAAAUAUGAAAGUCCCUUGUAGAAAGGGCGAGUUCACUUUGUUCACUGUAUUGUGUGGAAUUUACUUAUGUGUGAAGAUAUACUUGACUGUGAUGAUUACCACUGAAAGGAAUAUCCGUUCCAAAUGUUGAAAUGCAGUAUCCACUUUAAAUGAUAUCGACACCUCUGUAUUCUGUGAUUUUACUUUAAAUGAUCUGAAAUUGGGUGGAGAACCAGCAGUCAUUGAAAUUCCUGUUUCUUAAAGUUGACCGAUUGGGUAACGAUACUUAAAAGAUUGUGAUGUCUGUCUUCAGUCCCCAGUAGUGUAAGAUAAAUAUAAGACAAAUCUAGUUCUUGAGCAUAGGUUUUUGAGCGUCACAUCCAAAAAACAUUGACAACUAAAAAGCAACUCAGAUAUUACAACAGCUAUCUCUCAAAAGGUCUAAAAUCUUCCAAAAUUGAAGGAAAUGCAAAUUUUGAUUUUUUUUAUGACCUCUGACCUUGCAAUGACCUUUGGGUAAAAAUUAGGGAUGCAGGAACUUACUUUUCUUCCCAGUCAAAUGACUUGCUGAACUAAAUACGACUGCCAAAACUGUCAUACAAAGUAUAAAUAUAUAAAGGGGGGGGGGUUGCUACGUCUCAAAUAACCUAAUGCAUGGGUCCUGGGCCCAAUUUCAGGGCCUGUGUUCACUACAGAAUUGUGCACUUAUGAUCAGGAUUCCAUGCUUACUACAUCCAUACAAAAGAAUGUGUGCUAACCAAGUAAGCAAAGGUUCCUUAGUUACAUUAAUUAAGCAGGAGAAUUACCUGUAUCUUCCAUGCUAAAAAAGUGUGCAGAAUCUAUUCAAGUAUAUUAACACAGAUUUGUUGCCAACUGUAAGUGGGGCCACACAGUUGGGCCAAGCACACAGGGGUCAUCAGUUGCCUGAUGUCUAAAAGCUUUCUCCCCCAGGUUUCAAAAUUGGAUUUAUCUGAUGCCAGUUAUGAAGAAAUUACUGAGCAGGAUUACGUGAGCAUCAAGGAAGAUUGAGGGCCAUUUUGGAAGGUUGUAAUGGACACAAUGGACACCAGCUAAUGACAAGAGUUAGAGUGGAGUAGUAGUUGGCGGCUUUCUCUUUGGGUGAAAUAUGUACAUAGUGGUGAGUGAAUACUGUUGCAGAACUGAAAUCAUCAUUCAAAAAGAUGUGCAUGUUAAGGGUUGGUUAAUCCUGAAGAAGUUUUUGGAAGUUACAUGCAUUAUUAGCAAUAACACUUCUGUGCAACUCCAUGGUGUAAUUCGGCCUGAAAAAUAAAUGUGGCAAUGUCUUGUUGGA